UCAAACUGAAACAAGUGAAAUUAAUUAAUAAUUUGUCGUGGCAAAGCCAAAGCCGGAGCCGAAGAGUUUUUGCUUCAAUUUCUUUUAGUAAAUAAAAUAAUAAAUGCUGGUUCGUUAAAAAAGGAGGGGAAGUUUGUUAAUUUCCCGAUCAUUUUGUUUUGGCAAUUGCCAGCAAACAGAUCUCUCCCUCCCUCUCUGUCUUGGAAAAUAGAAAAAAUUAACAAUAAAAGAAAUGGCUUAUAGGAGAAGGCAGGGAAUAAGCAGAGCGUCGACGUUCAAGGAAGAGAUUCACCACCCACACCCACCAGGAGACAAUGACAGCAAAACAUUCACGUCCUCCUAUUCUUUCUCUUCAUCAACAUCAACCGCCAAUUCUCUCGCCGCUCAGGCCAUGCGUGCCGCCUCUGCUUCUGCCAAAACCGACUCCCCUGUUUUUGUUGCUGAUUCUGAUUUCAACCCUUCAAGAUCUAAGGGCUUCAAUGCCUACGAAGAUUCAAGAAAUGAUUCGAAAGGGUUCUGGGGUGUUCUGGCUCGAAAAGCCAGAGCCAUUCUCGACGAUGAUAAUGUCUCUCAGCAGUUUGAAACGCCUGGCAGAGUAGGAUCAUCGCCUAUGUUGGAAGCCUCACCAGCUUCCCAGCAGAACCAACAGCCAACUGAGGGCUUUAGAAGAAUGGAUAAUCCUACAAUACGAAGGGGCUUGGAUAAGCUCACCUCAUCCCUUAAUCAGAUUGGUGACACAUUUGAAAAGGCUUUUGAGGAAGGUCGAACAAUUGUGGAAAGUAAAACCCAAGAUAUUAUCCAAGAAACACGCAAGCUUCAAAUCAGGCGGAAAGGGAGCUGCAAUCCCGUGGCAGAAAAUCAGGUCACUGGUUUCAAUAGCACAUUGCAGCAACCUCUGAUGGAACCGACACGGCUUCAGAAUCAAACCAACCAUGAAACCCGACUCAAGGCAUCUCGCGAUGUUGCAAUGGCCACAGCUGCUAAAGCAAAACUUCUUCUUCGGGAGCUGAAAACUGUUAAGGCAGAUUUGGCUUUUGCAAAGGAACGAUGUGCUCAACUAGAAGAGGAGAAUAAACUCCUUCGGGAGAGUCGAGAGAAAGGGGGUAAUCCUGCAGACGAUGAUUUGAUUCGGCUUCAACUGGAGACUCUUUUGGCAGAAAAGGCCCGAUUGGCGCAUGAAAAUUCAAUAUACGCUCGAGAGAACCGGUUUCUAAGGGAAAUUGUAGAGUAUCACCAACUGACCAUGCAGGAUGUUGUGUAUUUAGAUGAGGGAGCUGAAGAAGUUACAGAAGUUUAUCCCAUCAACUUCUCCUACUCAAAAAGGCUUUCUGAUUACCCCACCUCACCUUCUGAGGUGGAGGAGGUCACCGCUUCCCCUUGUACGAGCCCGCCACUCACAAAGGAAAUCUUACCUGUCCCUAAUCCACAGCAGGAAGCCAAGGGUGUCUUCAACUCCAUAACUGAUGUCUCACUCGCACCUACUUCAUCCACUUCCUUACCCGAUGGAGAGGAUGCAAGAAGACCUCCAGUAUCUUCUCUCGAAAUUUAGUUUUACCAAUAUAUUCUGCUUGUUAAAAGACUAUUGUAACAUGGGUUUGGGCAAAGUAGGAAGGAGGGAGCCGAUCUUUUUUUUUUUAAUUUCUUCACUCAUUUUUAAGGAUUGAUUGUUUUUUCUC